UUGUAAUUGAGGAUUGCAGCUCGUUGCCCUCCAGCCACAAAAAAAUCCCAACAAAAACAGAACCCGUCUGCGGUGUCAUAAAACCCAAGUAGCAGAAUGUCGAGUAGUGCUAUCUAUCAAUCCUGUGCCGGUCAAUUCAAUAGCGGUGAGCAGCUUGAUCAGCUUUUGCAGUGCCUCUCUACGGGACAUGACGGCGCGCUUAACGUUCAGACCAGCAAUCUCGCAGGAGGUAUCGAUGCCUUUUAUCUUAUUUUUGCUGGGGCCCUUGUCUACUUCAUGCAGACAGGAUUUGCUAUGCUCUGUGCCGGAUCAAUUCGAGCGAAAAACGUGAAGAAUGUGAUUCUCUGGAACUUGCUCGAUUCUUGUGGUGGCGGUCUCGCGUUCUGGAGCGUGGGCUAUGCCUUUGCCUACGGCGGAGACGAUGAUGGGUCCAAGACAUUUGUCGGUAAUGCAGGCUUUUUCCUCAAGGGAGAUAACAUUCGAAUGGAAAACUGGUUUUUUCAGUUUGCAUUUGCUUGUGCCCUUUCCUCAAUUGUCGCUGGAACGAUCGCUGAGCGCACCCAAAUGAAGGCCUAUUUGAUGUAUUCCGUCUUUUUGGUUGGGUUUGUCUAUCCAGUUGUGGCCCACGCCUUUUGGUCGAGCAAUGGAUUCCUAUCCAACACAGCCACAGACCCGUUGUGGGGAUCUGGUGCCAUUGACUUGGCGGGGUCUGGACCAGUCCACAUGACAGGAGGUGUUACGGCUUUGGCAGCAGCUCUGAUUCUGGGACCUCGCAUUGGUCGCUUCUACGACAAGGAGGGCAAUCCUCUAGAAGAGCCAGCCGAAUUCCCCCCCCACUCGGUUGCCUUGCAGUUUUUGGGAACAUUUUGUCUUUGGUUUGGCUGGUACGGCUUUAACCCAGGUUCCGUCUUCUUUAUUUCAAGUACUGAAAACGGUCAAGUUGCGGCUUUGGUAGCCGUCAAUACCACCUUGGCUGCGUGUGCGGGUGCCGUCAGCGCCAUGUUUACUUCAACUGUCUUUGACUACUGGUACACCGGCUUGCACACAUAUGAUUUGGGCUACACUAUGAACGGAUGUUUGACGGGAUUGGUCGCGAUAACGGCAGGAUGCGCUACUGUUGAAACAUGGGCUGCCGUUUUGAUUGGUAUUGUCGCCGGCUGGUUUUACCUUUUGGGUUCUAGGUUGCUUGUCUACUUCCGUAUUGACGAUGCUGUCGACGCCAUCCCCGUCCAUAUGGUAGGUGGCGCCUGGGGCGUGAUCGCGACGGGCCUGUUUACGAAGGGAGAACUAUUAUUAUCCGCCUUUAGCCAGGAGGAACAUGUUGGAUGGUUCUACGAGUGGGGCAGUGGGAGCGGUGACUUUACCCUGAUCGGUAUUCAAUUGCUUUCUGUACUCUUUAUUUUCGCCUGGACUUUCUCUGUUAUGGGAAUUUAUUUUUACGGCCUUAACUUGAUGGGUUGGUUGCGUAUAGAUCCGUUGGAGGAGGAGGUUGGUAUGGAUAUUUCUCGCCACAAGGGCUCGGCAUACGACAUGACUUUGGCUAGCGUGGAGCAGGUACGGUCGUUGAUGGACGACCGCAGUACGAGCAAUCGUGGAAAGCAGCGCAAGCCGUCAAUCAUGGUUGUGAAGUUGGCCAAAGCAGGUACGAGCGAGGGAGAAAGUGCCUCCGGAAAUCCAGAAGUUCAGGCGUCGGACGUCCAACAGGCCGAGACGGCCUAAUUAUUGAUUCCACUUUCACCAACCGAGAUUCAACGUUUUGCCAUUUUUGAGCGUGAUGUUUGAGAUUUUGAGUUCACUGUUAAUUCUUCUUCUAGGUAGUAUUUUGAUAGCUU